AUGGUCGCCGUCGCCGCGGACGCUGCGCCCCUCGUCCACUCCCGUGCGCUCGCCCGCAUCACCCCGUGCUGGCCGCUCCCGGCCCUGCGACCACUCGCGCCCGCCCUGCCUUCGCCCGGCCUCGCAGUUCCACUGCCUGCCGCCCGCAUCCGCGCCACGCUCGUCGCACGCCGGACCGCGCCUACGGACACCCGUGCCUGCGUCGCUUGUCGUCGGCGGCCCCUCGGCUCCCUCCGCUUGCUGAUGCCGCAGACCACCCCACUACGCCGCUCCCGCUCCGCCGCGGGCCCCCUGCGUCGCGUGCUCCCUUGCUGCCACCGUUACUCACUGCCGCAGCCGCCCCCCUUUGCUCCGCCUACCGCGGCCGUAGCCCGCGCUGGCUUCGCCCGCUCCGGCCAUGGCUUUGCCGUGGGCACCGGCCCCCUGCUCCGGCCCCUGCCGGCCGCCGGUGAUGCCCCCGGCCUCCACUCCCCUCCUUUCUGUCUCGUGUACCGCACCACGCUGGUCGCCGUCGCCGCGGACGCCGCGCCCCUCGUCCACUCCCGUGGUCUCGCCCGCAUCACCCCGCGCUGGCCGCUCCCGGCCCUGCGACCACUCGCGCCCGCCCUGCCUUCGCCCGACCUCGCAGUUCCACCGCCUGUCGCCCGCAUCCGCGCCACGCUCGUCGCGCGCCGGACCGCGCCCACGGACACCCGUGCCUGCGUCGCUCGUCGUCGUCGGCCCCUCGGCUCCCUCCGCUUGCUGCUGCCACAGACCACCCCACUACGCCGCUCCCGCUCCGCCACGGGCCCCCUGCGUCGCGCGCUCCCUUGCUGCCACCGUUACUCACCGCCGCAGCCGCCCCCCUUUGCUCCGCCUACCGCGGCCGUAGCCCGCGCUGGCUGCGCCCGCUCCGGCCAUGGCUUCGCCGUGGGCACCGGCCCCUUGCUCCGUCCCCUGCCGGGUCCGCCCGCACUUGGGCGUGCACCUGCCCGGGCCGCGUCCUGCGCCCGCUAG